UGUUCAUUUGCAUUUUAGGAGAUCAUGCACUCAGAUACUAGAAAAUAAGGUGUCGCCUAUCUUUGCAAGCAUCAUUGCAUUCCUUGAUACCAAUGGUAAUCUGAACCUGAUGGAUGAUGUUCAGAAUGCCUGGAAACGUGGUCUCUGGCUUGCUCUUCUUCAUACACCAGAGGCCCUGAAUUUACAGUAUACAGAUGUUCGACACCGAGAGCACAACGAAUUCAUUGUCAUGUCAUCGGGAUGUGAAGGUCAUAUAUUCAGUGCAUGCAUGCCAUUCUCAUGGUUACUAAUUAAACAGAUCUCUGAAAUUCUCCAGGUGGAAUAUCCAUUUGAACAUGGACUAGAAGAUAGUGUCUCAAAAGCAGAGUCGUGCUACAGGGUUCUCAGCAAACAACCGUUUCAUGUUGUCCUCGGUGACGUGAUACAAAAUACAGAUGUAGAGAAGGUUGUCAACGAUUAUAUACACGACUUUGUACAUAGUGUAUAUAAUCCAGGAUCGUCUGAAGAGCACCAGUUAGUAUGUCAGACAUUGGCAUAUGCGGCAAAGCAGUUGUCUGUUGAAGAAGAUGAAACCAGUUUGUUGCUUACAUUGAUAAAUGUUCAUAUAGCACACGAGGCAGUUGCUUCUAGACUCACUUACUUCAGAGCAAUAAAUAGUGUUUUUCCUGAAUGUAGUUCAACAAUUUUAGAACUGAAAAGAAAACAACCAGAUCACUUUAUGUUCCAGGACUAUGAGUUUACAUUUCCUGCGGUAUGCAUGCUGGUCGAGAAACUUUCACCACAGAAGUCAGAGCUUGAUCAAUCAACGGGUAGAGUCAACUGGUUAAACAAGCUACACAAAUACCGACCAGUGGUAGAAAAAGUGAUCAGCUUACAAAAAGAUCAACACCUAUAUGGGGCCUCAAGUUUACAGUCUUUACGAAAGGCAAAGGCAAUGUGGAGUAGGAUCGUAGUAUUCAAGUUAUUUUUGGAGCAUGUUUGCACUUCAGACAAAAAGAACAAGAUCACAUUUAAAUACUGUAUGCCAUUGUGGACAACCCUUGGCGAUGAUACCGACAUGAAGCAGAUGAAAUCUUUUGGCAAGGUUGAAAGGUUUUUAAAAAGUUGUAACAAAGGAGCUUUGAAGGAAUAUAUAGGAGCUGAAGAGAAAUGCAGUCAUUGUGAACAAGUGCUUGAAGGUCUGCCUAUUUCUCUGCCGUGUAGUGACGUUCUGUGUGAUGAAUGUUAUGAAGAUGUGAAGGCUUUGGGAAAGUAUGAAUGCACAAAGUGCCACCAAGUUGUUCCACCUGGUUUUAAAUAUGAACGUCAGAAAAUUGAAAGCAAUGUUCAAGAGAAACUGAAGGAUUACCAGAAGAGAUGCAACACAUUCUUCAUGGAUGUUGUUUCGCAAUUGUGUUUUGCCGACAACUCCGCCCCAUCGCAAGAGGUGGUUGAUCGAUUACUGGGAUAUGUCUUUUUUAAGACAAGCGGGCAAAACCAGCGUACACGUGAUUGGACAAUAUUUAACACCGGAAUUGAUCCAAAUCCUGUUUUCAGGUCAUUUCUUCUGCAGCUUCUUAUUAGAUCCAGCAAGGACGGUAUAAGCAAGAAUUUAGAAGCAUACCUUGGCCAAGCAAAGACCCUGAUAAACGAUGACCUUUUGGAACAGGAUCGACACUACAUUGAACUGAGCAUUUUGAUAAUUCAGUGUUUAGAAGAUAUGUGCAUUGAACAGGCGAAUAUAUCAGAUGAACAUGAAGCAGACGUAGUGAUACAAGCGUUAAGGAGAGCGAGACAGACCAUUGAGGAUCCAAACCUCAGCGCGGACAAACUGUACGGUAUAGCUAGUGCUAGGAUGGGUCUUGCAAAAGUUGCGAAGUUUAUUGCCAAAGUUGUAGUGGAAGGUGCUGAAACAAAAGCAGUUCCAGUGAAGACCAGAAGGGUUAUAGAGGCGGCACAAAAUCUGUGUGAAGAUACAAACGUCAGAUGGACAAGAAUUUAUCUGGUGAAAUAUCUGUGUCGUUGUUAUGGUGUUGAUGUAUACAGGUCUUUAUGUCGCAGUCGGGUUUCAUUCCUAAGAUGGAUUGCUAUAGAGGAUAUCAACAUAGAAAAGGUUGUUGAAGUGUCGGACAGGUACGUGGUAUGUGGUCAACCUUAUAUUGCGAUAAGAGAAGCAGUCACAAAGGUGGUUCUAGGAGAAUCAGAGGAGCACCUCAUAGAAGUAUUACAAGAGAUGCAAACUGCGGGGGUCGGAGUAGAGACAUUGUUCACACUAGCCGUACACAGAGAAGUAACAAGCUCUUACUUGUAUCCCCAGCAACAAAGAAAACUGUCAGAACAGGUCCGGAAAACAUUGAUGCAGCUUAUUUCUGAUUGUCAAGUUCUUAAAAAUAAGACAUUACUGAACGCACUGGUACAGAACGAGCUGGUACAGAUACAUCUUAGAAAUGUAGAAGGUGAAGGCAUGCUCGAGCAGGGAAUGCAGUGUCUCGUUGUUCAUUUUCAGUCAGUUUUUUCUAAUUUGAAGGGAGAAAGAACACUUCUGCAACCUCUGCUGACAUUAAUGACUCGACCACAAACAUGUGUGGACUGCUUUUUGCCUACGAUGCCACAAGAUGAUCUGGAUGAAGUGAAAGAAGCGUUGCUAGCUGCACGUAACCAGACAAGGAAUGCUGAUGCAAACCCAGUAUUUUACAGAUGUCCGAAUGGUCAUCCGUAUGUGAUUGGCAACUGUGGUCGGGCUAUUGAAAGAGCCAAUUGCAGGGAAUGCGGUGCUACAAUAGGAGGUCAAGGACACAGACUUAUUCACGGAAAUACACAGGACAGAGGUGUUGACAAUACAGUGACCGGUCAUAUCCUUGGUCAAGCUGAGGUUAGGGGUCGUGGACCAAAACCCGAAAGGUCACUUACACCAGCCUAUUGUGCUACUAUUAGAUGUUUACUGCAUCUUGCUAUGUUUGUGGGAGCGGGAAAUAAUUUGCAGGGCGUACAGAUGCUAAUAAAGCCAGAUGUUGAAGAAAACCAGGUUGAACAGUUUCUGUGGAGACAUAUACAAUUAGAUGUUGAUGACAUUAGUAGAUCCCUCAAUCGAAGUGCUGAUGAUGUCUUACUAUUCAUGCAUACAAUUAUAGAUUGUAUAUUUCGGACACACCGUGAAGAAGAACAAGUUAGGGAUGACGUGUGUCAGCUAAGAACCAAACGGGGAAGGCAGCAAUGGGAAAAUAACUUCUCAAGUAGAUUCAUAGGGGACAUAUUACAGACCCUAGAAGCAACAAUGAAAUCAAAUAAUCAGUUGUUGGCAAAGGACAAAAGAUUAGGAGCUGACCCACUUUUGUGCUUGUUAUACGAAACGGACACCCAGCAAGAGAAAGAAAGCUCAGCGCAGUUACAGGAUAUUCCUCGCGUUUGGCGGUACAGAACGCCGAUAUCUAUUCAACACCUCAGACAAGAGGUAGAGGCAAAGAUAACCGAUACACGAAAACAUAAAGUUCUUAAGUUAUUUCUUGAAGAGGAACACCAUCUAAGAGCUAUCCGAUACAUACCAAGAAUCCUACAACUACAUCGGGUGUUGUUAAGCAGAUACCAGAAGAAGGUGGACAAGGCCGAAGCAUCUAGUGUUACCGUGGAAAUGCUUGCACGAGAUCAAGUUGCAGGUUCAGAGACGGAGGGAUUACUUCAAGACUUCAGUCAGGCAUGGGAAUUGGUUCGAAACAGCCUUAAAAUGUAUCUAUGCCCAACAGAACUAGGAGGCAUGGCAGUACCAAAAGAAUACUGUAAUAUGACUAUCAAUGAAAAGACACCAUUGUCCAUGCUUCUGCCUACAGAAAAAGAAAUUGGACUGUGUUCUUAUGCGUUGUUGGAUUUUUUGAUGAGAAAACAAAAUGACUUCCUGGACAAAUAUGUUAAAGAAAUAAACAGGGAACCCGCACUGAUUUCCAAAAUAUUACCAAGGGAAGUGACAGCAGCGCAUUUAAUCAGUUAUGAUCCACAGCAUGACAUUCUACCGUUGGUGUUAGCAAAUUGUCAUUACUCUUUUGAGAUGGGCAAAGGAACGAAAAUUGAGUAUGACUUUACUGGCUUAGAAAGGCAACUUAUGGACAGGUUCCUGUUCUCAAAGUCCAAGAUAGAUGUUGGUCGGGUUUUGAAGAUUGACAUGAUGGUAUACAGAACAGAGAUAACAGAUGCUUCUGUGUUUAAAAAACUUGAAGAGAAAAUUCCACAGGUCGCAUUAGAUGCAACAGUAAAAACACAGAUAUGCAAUGACAUCAGACUUUUACCAGAUCUGUGCCAGUCACUUACUAACCUUGAUAUUACCAUUGGUUUCCUGAAAUCCACAGGUGGUCAGCCAGAGCAAAACCUACAUGAUUUCAUGGUGAAAACACUUCAAAUGGACUUUUCAGUACUAAGUCGAAAAGCACAACAGGUGUGUCAGUUCCGGCACGUGAAGUCUCUGUGGCUGCUUCUGUCACUCCAGAAAGCAAAGACAAUGACUGAAUCAGACCAACAUAGUACGGCUGUAUUUGAGAGUGUUUCACAAGAAUUCCAUGAAGAUCUACCUGAAGAGGUGUUGACAACUUUCCACGACUACACGAAACAGCUCACUAUAGAUAAGCUGACGCAAUUGGUAGAAGCUAUGCACGAAUUUAUUCUGCUGGUCGUAGCUGUAAAACAGAAUAUGGACGACAGUGACGCCAUGAAUACAACGGAAAACAAGGUUGGUGAGUGGUUGUUUGGAUAUCUAGAUAGCCUUGACAACCCUGGUAUUGAUUUGGCAGUGCUGACAGAUUUCCCGGUUGAACUCCUCUUCAGACAAAGCAUAAAAACAUGGAUAAUAGCAUACAGGAAUUUAAAAGUUAAAGAGUCGGAGGCGUUUAAACGGUUUUAAUGUUGGACUUGAGUGAGAUAUAUAUAGUAGUUUUACGAACUUUUGAGCAAUGUUGUGGUUAAAAAUAAAACUUUCUCGACUGUUCGCCACGAUCGGCUGAACAACAAAUAAGAUUGGCAGUUAUAUUUUUAUAAAAAUGUUUAACUUUAUGUGAAACUUUUGACAAAUGUUUAUUCUAUGUUUAAACAGCAUCCGUUAUCUCCGUACUUGAUACUGAAACUUGUUUUCCUUGGAGUGUUUUUUACACCUUUUAUACAGUUUUUGUGACAUAUAUUAGUUAUUAGUUUGUGCCUUUUUGUGUUUGCCUCGAAUACACCAUUUUUUUCCAUCUGUAUUCCCCAUUAUUGUUGCUACAUUGAAUGACCAUAUAGAGCUUCUGCAUAAUUACUAGAAUGGGUGGUAUGGGUUUUGCGCUUGUAAAUGUAUCGUUGAAUUAACAGAAGCAAAGUUUUUUAAAGUUAAGUUAUUACUUGUUUUGAUUACUAAGGAUAAAAAAGACAGACCUGUAUUACAGCUGGAAUAGGUAUCUGUGUCGGAUCUUAUUGCAUAUUGUGUAUUUGCAAUAGUACGUGUAGAGUUUUCGUUUCAAUGUACAUUCUAUUCGUGGCUUGUUCGGUUGAUUCACUGAAUAUGUUCAUAUAGUUAGUUAAUCCAAAGUAAUGCUAAUUAAAAGAAUUGAUAUAAUGAAAAAUACACGUAUUGUAUCGUUUCAUAAACUUGUUACUUAACCAAAAUGGAAAGAAAGUUGCAGAACUGAGAACUCAUUUUCUUGUAUACACGGAACCAUUUUCCAAAUUGGUAGUUAUCCACACACAGCAAAAUUUAUGCUUUAGUUAUACACCAGGCUUUGAUGUUUUAUGCAUAACUUGAUACAAAGCUUAUUGCUUAGGAUUUUGCAACCGCGGACUACUUGUGUUCAUAUUGUUUAUAUACGUUAUGUUUUGUUAAGACAUAUUACUUCCAUGUUUUAAGCAUAUAUGCCCCUUAAUCAAUGUUUCCUGGAUGAUUAAAGAGGCUUUGUAUUUGAAUUCAUGCUUUUGACGACAUACAUAUUUUUAGUUUGUAUUACGUCUUAAGACUUAAUGCGUUUUGCAUUUUAAUUAAUACAUCAAAAUUUAGUGACUUAUUAAACAUGCAUUGUUUUAUCUUUUAAACUGGCAUCUUGUGUAUAAUUGUAGUCGGUAUUAUGUAACCCCUAUUUUAUCAACGAAAUGUGCCUUUGCCGGCUAAUGGUACUUUGCGGAACGGAACGGAACGGAACAAGUUAAGAGGCACCCCACGGGGUAUAAUCAAAAUGUAAAAAACAAUGCUUUCAAACUAAUCAGACCACCAUCUCUGAUAAAAAAUAACCUAUCGCUUUCGAUUCAUUGUCAAGGUUAGUCGCAUGUUAGUGACAAAUGAAGACUGUUCUUCUUUUCACUUAUAGUUUAAUUGUAGCUGUAUCAAUAUAAUUGUAACUCUAUGUAUUAUCUACAGAAUUUGAAACUGAGAAUGCGUGUCAAUGCUUGCAAAAUGUAUGAGCUGCAGAAGCAGUGCACGAAACUAGUCAGUUGGCUGUCUGUGGUACAAGCUAAAAUCACAUCAAGUAAAAUAUUUCUUGUUCCGUUCCGUUCCGCAAAAUACCAUUACCUAUAUAGCUAAUGGUACUUCGCGAAACGGAACGGAACCAAGUCAGAAAUAAAGCUCAGCUGCAUCUAAUGGUUAUUUAUUGAUUUGUUUUGUGUUUAACGCCGUUUUUCAACAGUAUUUCAGUCAUGUAACGGCGGGCAUUUAACCUAACCAGUGUUCCUGGAUUCUGUACCUGUACAAACCUGUUCUCCGCAAGUAACUGCCAACUUCCCCAGAUGAAUUAUCAGAAGUGGAGGAGGAAUGAUUUCAGACACAAUGUCUUUUAUCAAAGCGUCACGGAGAACAUACGCCCCGCCCGGGGAUCAAACUUGCGACCCUGCGAUCCGUAGACCAACGCUCUCCCUACUGAGCUAAGCGGGCGGGCUGCAUCUAAUGUAGAACUGACUAAUCUGAAUAUGGUAUAAACAUCAACAGAAGUUAAAUCAUAAUGUGUCAGAUGUAAUCAUUUCUUGAAGAUUAUAGCAAGACCGUUCUUCUUUUCACUUACAGUUUGUAGGUGUAUACUUUUUACUCGGAGUCUAUGUACUAUCUACAAAUUUAGAAACUGAGAAUGUGUGCCAAUGCUUGCAAAACGUAUUUGUUGCAGAAGCAGUGCAUGAAACUAUUCAGUUGGUUGUCUGUGGUACAAGCUGAAAAUAUUUCUUGUUCCGUUCCGUUCCGCAAAAUACCAUUACCUAUAUAGCUAAUGGUACUUUGCGGAACGGAACGGAACCAUCAAAGAAAAGAUCCCACAUUCACCCCCACGUCAUUACAAUGACUGGCGCUAAUUUUCCAGUACUGUUUACAAAGUCUUACCCCUGAAGGACAAAUUGCCAAACUGAACAAACUAAAACAAGAUUUCACAUUCAUCGGUGACAUCAUUACGAUGAGCAGUUCUGAUUUACAAACACCGGCGACAGAAUACAACCCCUGAAAACGCCCUAUUGAUCAGUGCAUAUUGUAAUGUUUGGUGCGGGUCUUAAGAAGACCUGCAUAGUGCUAUGGAAAACUGUUUUAGUUGUUUUGAACCUUGGUGGGCUUGACUAGUCGUUAAAGAGUUAGCUCCCUUAAAUAGUUUCACGCCAUUUGCAAUGCUAACCUCGGCGAGGUUAAUUUUUGUAAUUUAGUCCAUUUAUGUGGCCCCUUGGUGUAAGUUAUAUUUCUUUUUGUUUUUUCCACGAUAAAAUGCAUGUUUAUGUUUAAAGAUAAAUUAAGAUGAGCAAAUUUCCGCAUUAUUAGACGCUAUCUCGCAUUAUAUUUUUAUUCCUAACUAAACUGUACCCUACGGUAUAUAAAUCGGUCCGGGUCAUUAGAUCAUAAUGCACUAAAUGUUGCUAGAGAUUGAAUGGUGCUGUUUUAAAAGAUUCGGUGUUAAAUUACUGUGCUAAAUGCUUAACAGACUAAAGGUUUUGUAUUAUUACAAGCAGGAAGGUUUAAUACGUGUCAGUUGUUCCAGUUACAAGUAUAUUUAUUUUUGUGAACCUUAUAUUUGUGAUUAGUAUGUUUUUUGUGUACUUUCAGCAUUCACUCAUUUUAAUUAACCUUUAAACGUAAACAUGCCUAUUUCAUUGUAGAAAAACAAAAAUGUUCAUUACUUACACCAUAGGGUCGUAUAAAUGGACUAAAUUCGCCCAGUAAAGCAAAGCAAAUGGCGUCGAAACUAUAUAAGGGAGCUAACUCUUCAACGACUAUGGAAGCCCAUCAAGGUUUAAAACAACUAAAACCAAAGCAUUAUGUACGUCGUCUUAAGACCUGCACCAAACAUCACACUCCAGAAUAUAGUAAAAAAAGUACACAACUGAAAGCACAAAUUCAAAUACACAUUCUUUUGCUGCAAAUCAUCCAUGAUGUGACCCCCAACGCAAACUGUUACAAUAAUAAUAUGUUGAAAUAGGCUUGAAAAUUACGAAACCACUUGUUAUAAAUAAUAACUACUAUACGGAGUUCCGUUAUUAUAUCAUCAAUUCACUUAAUUGAAGUAUUUGAUAGUCCUAUUAGAAAAUAAAUUUAUCAUUUUCCGUUCCGUUCCGUUAAAUACCAUUACCUAUAUGGCUAUUGGUAUUUUGCGGAACGAAACGGAACCAACAAAGAAAGUCAUUUCGUUCAUGGUUUACCCCAUUUAAGUGACAAAUAUUUCCCCCGAAAAAACGUCCCACAGGUCGGCGCAUGCAUAUUCUUGUGCUGCAAAUCACCUAUGAAUUGACCAUGACCCUAGCUGCAAUGUUGUAAAAUAUGGCUUGAAAAUUACGAAAAUCUCUGUUAUGAAUAAAAACUAAUACAAUCGACAUCGAACUUGCGACCAUCUCUAUUCAGCAAAUUUUGUAUUAAACGACCUGUCAAAAGCCCUCCCGAACGUUUCCAGUAUAUAAAUUCAUUCCAUUAAAAGACUUCUACUAAACGACUAGCGACCACAAUAAUGUAGUCCCGACAGGUAAAUUAUUCGACAAAAGUAUCUAUUAAGCGAUCGGGUAUCAAAAUUCUACCGCAUUUCUUCAUUUGUGUAAUUAGCGAGUACGUUUUGCACGUGACUGAAUGCAAUUAACCUUUGUAUCAGUAAAACUGACAAACAAACUAGCCAUAAUUUUCACGGUUUGUGGACUUGGAAAAGUGUUCACGAUGUUAAAACAGAUUUUGAAACACAUAAUACAUGUAUGUUCAUAAUAAAUACAGUUACAUUACCAGUUAAAAUAACUUUCCUUUUCAUCUGACUGAAAUUCAUUAAGAGACCAUUCCAUUAACAGACCACUUCUUAGCAUUCCCUUGGGGGGUCUCUUAAUACAAUGUCGACUGUAUACGGAAUUCUAUAAUACCAAAUAUUAACUCAAUUAAAUUAUUUUAAUAGUGUCAUUAAAAUAAAUCUAUCCUGUUCCGUUCCGUUCCGUUAAAUACCAUUACCUAUAUGGGUAUUGGUAUUUUGCGGAACGGAACGGAACCAACUUAAAAGAUAUCACUUUCAACUGUAACUUCAGUAUAAUGACCUGCUUUUAUUUUGUAAAACUGUUGACAGAAGUUUGCAACACUUUUGACAAUUUUUUUUCUCAUUAAAACGCUUUACAAAUGAAUGCAUAUUUCUGUACUAUAAACCACCCGUGGUGUACGUACAGCAACAGUAUUUCGUGUCAAAGAAAAAGUUUUUGAUUUAAUACAAGAAAUUAAGUUGAAUAAACUACAUAGAUAUGCUUCCAUAGUUAUUAUACAGAUCUAAUUCGGUUCCUGCGACGUUUCUGCGGGUACGUGUUUUAGUUAUGUGUUAAGGAUUUAAGAAUAUUCGACUCGUAUAUAAUUUAAUCAAGUAAAAUGAACACUGUCGUUUUUUUCAACUUACAUGAGGAAAAUAUUUCAUUACAUAUUUAAAUAAAAAAAAUCACCGAAAAUAUGAAAAAUGGAACCCUGUAAGGCCUGAAAAAAUUACUUGUUUCCGCUAACGGCUCUGAAAAAAAAAUAGGGUAGGUAGGUAGACCAAUUUUGUUUGUUUGUUUGGGCAUCAGACUAUGUGAGAACUACUUAAAGUUUCUUGUUAUAUCUUAAACUUUAUUCAGUAUGUAAAAUUUAUUUAAGUGUUCCUAUAUUAUAAAAGAUAAUUAAAAAGGGCAUCUUUGUACUAGUUUCAGGGGUGUUAACGGAAAACUUUGAAAAUCUUUUUGUCCAAAACCACAAGGUAUAGAGCCUUAAUAUUUGGCCUGCGGUAUCAUCUAAUGGUCCUCUAUACAGAUUGUUCAAAAUAUGCCCCUGGGAUGAAAAGAGGCCCCAUCCCGGUGGUCCCACGUUUUACAUAGACUUAUAUAGAAAAAAACUUAAACAUUGUCUUGUCUGAAACCAAAAGACCUAGGCCUUUGAUAUUUAGUAUGUAGCAUUGCCUUUUGGUUCCCUACCAAAAUUAUUCAAAUUAAGCCCCUGGGAUGAAAAGAGGUCCCGCUUUGGGGGUCUCAAGUUUUACAUAGACUUACAUAGGAAAAAACUUUUAAAAAUCUUCUUGACUGAAAAUUCAAGGCCUAGGCUUUUGAUAUUUAGUAUGUAGCAUUGCCUAGUGGCUCUCUAACAAGAUUACUCAAGCUAUGCCCCUGGGGGUGGGGGGAAAGAGGCCCCGUUCAGAGGGUCAUGUAGUAAUAUUCAAGUAAUGAUUAAAUCUCGCACAUUAUGAUUUAACUUCUGGUGAUGUUUAUAACAUAUUCAGAUUAGUCAGUUCUACAUUAGAUGCAGCUGAGCUUUAUUCCUGAAUUGGUUCCGUUCCGUUCCGCAAAGUACCAUUAGCUAUAUAGGUAAUGGUAUUUUGCGGAACGGAACGGAACAAGAAAUAUUUUGCUUGAUGUGAUUUCAGCUUGUACCACAGACGACCAACUGACUAGUUUCAAGCACUGCUUCUGCAACAAAUAAGUUUUGCAAGCAUUGGCACCAGUUCUCAGUUUGUAAUUUUGUAAAUAGUACAUAGAAUCCGAGUAACAAGUAUGCACCUACAAUCUGUAAGUGAAAAGAAGAAAUUUCUUUCUGUAAUCUAUAAGUAAUGAUUACAUCUGACACAUUACGACUGAACUUCUGGUGAUGUUUAUAACAUAUUCGGAUUAGUCAUUUCUACAUAACAUGCAGCUGAGCUUUAUUCCUGACUUGGUUCCGUUCCGUUCCGCAAAGUACCAAUAGCUAUAUAGGUAAUGGUAUUUUGCGGAACGGAACGGAACAAGAAAUAUUUUACUUGAUGUGAUUUCAGCUUGUACCACAGACAACCAACUGACUAGUUUCGUGCAAUGCUUCUGCAGCUCAUACGUUUUGCAAGCAUUGACACGCAUUCUCAGUUUCAAAUUUUGUAGAUAGUACAUAGGGUUACAAUUAUAUUGAUACAGCUACAAUUAAACUGUAAGUGAAAAGAAGAACAGUCUUCAUUUGUCACUAACAUGCGACUAACCAGGACAAUGAAUCGAAUGCGAUAGAUUAUUUUUUAUCAGAGAUGGUGGUCUGAUUAGUUUGAAAGCAUUGUUUUUUACAUUUUGAUUAUACCCCGUGGGGUGCCUCUUAACUUGUUCCGUUCCGUUUCGUUCCGUUCCGCAAAGUACCAUUAGCCCCUUUGCCAAAGCCGUUUCGUCUCAUGCUGAUAUUGUUCAGAUAUUUUUCUUUGGUGUUGAUAGUGUUUGAAAAGUUUAGAUGAUAAUCUAAUUAAGUUAUUGCUAGAUUAUUUAUUUUUUGCGUAUAAUCUGUAAUAUGAUCGUUUUUGUUCUUCAUAUUGUUCUUUAUAUUGUUAUCUCCACUAAUGUGGUUUUCAGUUCUGAUUUUAAGAAAAGUACGAAUGAGCAUGUACGUAUACCCUGUGCGUUGUCAGUAAGAUCAGAUUGCUAUAUGGACGAAUGCUUUCAAAUUAUCGAACGUCUUAAACAUUCGCGUUCUUGAUUGAAUUAGGUUCGAUUGUGUUUUAUCCACACGUUUGUAUCUUACUGUACACUGGUUCAAUAGCUCUAUGCUUUUGGUGAAAUUUUCUUACAUAUAAAAAUACGAUAAUGUCUCUAAUUUUAAGAAUGUCUUGAACUGAAGGUUUCAGUAUAUGUAGCUCGUUAUAUAAGGUUACUUAUCUCAGUCAAGAUUAUGCAUGUAUUAAGGGGGUCUCCGUGGCCGAGUGGUUAAGGUCGCUGACUUCAAAUCACUUGCCCCUCAUCGAUGUGGGUUCGAGCCUCACUCGGGGCGUUGAAUUCUUCAUCUGAGGAAGCCAUCCAACUGGCUUACGGAAGGUCGGUGGUUCUACCCAGGUGCCCGCUUGUGAUGAAAUAAUGCACGGAGGGGCACCCGGGGUCUUCCUCCACCAUUAACCUAUCAUGUGUCAGUGCGACGUUAAAUCAAAAAAAAAAAAAUACAUGUAUUAACUAAGUACAAGAUAAGUUAGUUCGUUUGUUUCAACCUUUUUUUACGAGUGGGUAGAUGUAACAAACACUAUUUUUUCUAAAACCAAGCUCGGGAUGAUAAUAUUUUCUCGAAAAACUAUGUAUUUAAAAAGUUUAAAGUAUCUAUUCUCAUUUAAUCCAACAUUUUUUUUGGUUACAAAAAUAAACAAAUAGUUUUGCUUGCUCUUAUAAUUUGCUAUUAAUUAUGAGUUGUGGUUUAUUUUACCCCAAUAAAUCUUGUCUGAUACGUCA